GCGUAAAACGGAAAACCACAGACCAGUAACAUAAACUUUUAACUUAUCAAUCAAUCGUUUUAUUUUCAGUGGUUUGAUGAAAUAAAUCUGAAUUAAUCUCAAUAAAUAACUUAUCAUUUCUUCUGAAUUUAAUCUAAUAAUGGCUCCAAAAGCUGGAGGAGAUUCUGCUAAAGUUAAUUCAGGCGUAUAUAAAGAUAAAAGCAAACCUACUGAUAUUCGCCUCAGCAAUAUAAAUGCCGCAAAAGCUGUAUCUGAUGCCAUCCGCACCAGUUUGGGACCCCGGGGCAUGGAUAAAAUGAUUCAAGCAGCUAAUGGUGAAGUAACUAUAACAAAUGAUGGUGCCACUAUCCUAAAACAGAUGAGUGUGAUUCACCCUGCAGCAAAAAUGCUGGUAGAGUUAUCCAGGGCUCAAGACAUAGAAGCGGGCGAUGGCACAACAUCGGUGGUUGUGAUUGCAGGAGCCCUGCUUGAUGCUGCUGAGAAGUUGCUUCAGAAGGGCAUCCAUCCCACAGUUAUAUCUGAUGGCUUCCAGAAAGCCUUGCAAAUGGCUCUGCAGGUUGUAGAAGGCAUGUCAACUCCAGUUGAUCUGUCAAAUGAGGAUGCACUACUGAAAGCGGCUGCUACAUCUUUGAAUUCAAAAGUGGUGUCCCAGCAUUCAACUAUAUUAGCCCCCAUUGCAGUUCAGGCUAUUUGUGCAGUGAUGGAGCCGGGGGCGAGCGGCGCGGGCGCGCGCGUGGACCUGCGCGACGUGAAGGUGAUCGAGCGCGUGGGCGGCACGGUGGAGGACACGGAGCUGGUGCGCGGGCUGGUGAUCCCGCGCCGGCCCGCCAACGUCAACGGCCCGCACCGCAUCGAGAAGGCCAAAGUGGGCCUCAUACAGUUUUGUAUCUCACCGCCCAAAACUGAUAUGGACCACAACGUCAUUGUGUCAGACUAUGCCGCUAUGGACCGUGUGUUAAAAGAAGAGCGUCAAUACAUUUUAAACAUUGUGAAACAAAUCAAAAAAGCUGGGUGCAAUGUACUUUUGGUUCAAAAGUCUAUUUUGAGAGAUGCACUGUCGGAUCUCGCUGUCCACUUCCUUGACAAAAUCAAGACUAUGGUCAUUAAAGAUAUUGAGCGGGAAGACAUUGAGUUUGUUUGCAAAACACUGGGAUGCAGGCCGAUUGCUUCCUUGGACCAUUUUACUGCUGAAAACCUGGUCAAUGUAGACCUUGUUGAGGAAGUGAAUGAACCUGCUGGAAGAUACAUCAAGAUGACGGGCGCGGGCGGCGGCGGGCACACGGUUUCGGUGCUGGUGCGCGGCUCGAGCGGCGCCGUGGUGGCGGAGGCGGCGCGCUCGCUGCACGACGCGCUGUGCGUGGUGCGCUGCGUGGCGCGCCGCCCCGCGCUGCUGCCGGGCGGCGGCGCGCCCGAGGCGGCGGCGGCCGCGGUGCUGGCGCGCGCCGCCAUCGCCGCGCCCGGCGCCGACCACUACUGCCUGCGCGCCUACGCUGACGCGCUCGAGGUCAUCCCUUCCACGCUCGCAGAGAAUGCGGGUUUGAACCCGAUCGAGACAGUGACGGAGCUGCGCGCGGCGCACGCGAGCGCGGCGCAGAGCGGCGCGGGCGUCAACGUGCGGCGCGGCCGCGUCACCGACAUGCGCCACGAGCACGUGCUGCAGCCGCUGCACGUCACCGCGUCCGCGCUCGCGCUCGCCACCGAGACUGUGCGCGCUAUACUCAAGAUUGACGACAUCGUCAAUACAAUUAAUUAAGCUGUCAGCAGUC